ACCUUAUCCGGAAUCGAAAAACAACGUAUGGAGCGUCUCCAUCGGAAUCCGAAAACCACACGGCGGACGAUGGGAGUGUGAGGUGGGGUCUGUCACUUUCACUUGGACACUGUUAACUUCUCAAACCUUCUGGAUUUCCCUUCUUCAACAUCAAUACUCUCUCUCUCUCGUUCCAUUCCAUUUCCAUCAUGGUAUCUUCCAAUGGCAAUGGCAACUCUUUCCGCUCUUUCCUCAUUCACUGCUUUUCUCAACACUGACAGAAAGACCACUAACUUCCUAUUCCCGCUUCAUUCAAUUUCAAACUACCACACCCUCUCUUUUUCUCUCUGUUCCAAACGCGCUUCCCUGAGGUGCAGUUCCUCCCUCAAAGACGACCAAGAAACUCACUCCUCUCCUACUGCUACUACCCCUCCUCCUGAGAAUCCCAACAAUGACGAUUCUGAUUCUGAGGCCCAACAGGAAGUGGAUUGGAAGACGGACGAGGAGUUCAAGAAGUUCAUGGGCAACCCUUCUAUCGAAGCCGCCAUCAAACUCGAGAAGAAGAGAGCUGAUCGGAAGCUCAAGGACCUCGACAGGGAAACCAACAACAGCAACCCCUUCUUCGCUCUUUUCAACAACUUAGCGCGUGAUAACUUGCUCAGGGAAAAGGAGAGGCUGCAAAAGGCUGAGGAAACUUUCAAGGCUCUUGAUCUCAACAAGUUAAAGAGUUGCUUUGGGUUUGACACCUUCUUCGCAACGGAUGUUCGGAGAUUUGGAGAUGGAGGCAUUUUCAUUGGCAAUCUCAGGAGACCCAUUGAUGAAGUCAUUCCCAAGUUGGAGAAGAAACUCUCUGAUGCAGCUGGCCGGGAGGUUGUGGUCUGGUUCAUGGAAGAAAAAACGAAUGACAUUACCAAACAGGCUUGUGUGGUGCAACCCAAAGCAGAAAUGGAUCUCCAAUUUGAGUCAACUAAGUUGAGUAAUCCUUUGGGCUAUUUUAGUGCAAUUGCAUUAGCCGUUACUACCUUUGGAACAGUUGCUUUGAUGAGUGGCUUCUUCCGGAAACCUGAUGCUACAUUUGACGACUAUCUAGCUAAUGUUGUGCCUCUAUUUGGUGGAUUCUUAUCUAUUCUGGGAGUUUCUGAGAUAGCCACCAGGUUAACGGCAGCUCGUUAUGGUGUCAAACUCAGCCCUUCUUUCCUGGUGCCAUCUAAUUGGACAGGGUGCUUAGGAGUGAUGAAUAAUUAUGAAUCACUCCUUCCAAGCAAGAAAGCUCUUUUUGAUAUUCCUGUAGCCCGUACUGCUAGUGCAUAUUUAACUUCAUUAGUGCUUGUUGUUGCUGCAUUUGUGGCUGAUGGAAGCUUUAAUGGGGGCGAUAAUGCAUUGUACAUACGACCUCAAUUUUUCUACAACAAUCCCUUGCUUUCUUUCAUCCAAUUAGUUAUUGGGCCUUACGCGGAUGAUCUUGGAAAUGUAUUGCCUUAUGCUGUGGAAGGUGUUGGAGUUCCUGUUGACCCGCUUGCAUUUGCUGGGCUUUUAGGAAUGGUGGUGACUUCUUUGAACUUGUUGCCAUGUGGGAGGCUAGAAGGUGGUCGCAUUGCUCAAGCCAUGUUUGGCAGAAGCACUGCUACGCUCUUAUCUUUUGCCACUUCGUUGUUACUUGGUAUUGGUGGCCUCAGUGGUAGUGUCCUGUGCUUGGCAUGGGGAUUGUUUGCAACCUUCUUUCGGGGCGGCGAAGAAAUACCCGCAAAAGAUGAGAUCACCCCUAUUGGGGAAAGCAGAUUUGCUUGGGGCGUUGUCCUUGGCCUCAUCUGUUUUCUCACACUUUUCCCUAAUAGCGGAGGGACAUUCUCCACUUCAUUCCUCAGUGCUCCAUUUUUCAGGGGUGAAAUGUAAAUGUAAAUGAUGUGUUUGCACAUGAUCAUGAUCAUGAUGUACAUGUAUUUCACAUCUCACUAGGUAUCUAUAAUUAUGUAUUUUCAUUUUACGUCUUUUCACUAGAACUAGAAUAUCCCCUUCGCUUCUCACGUGAAGAUAGAGCUGUGUUUCCGUGUCAUAAUGUAAUCAUAACAAUCAAGAAUUCAUUGUAAUCAUAGCUGUGUUUCCUAAACGUAGAAACUAUAGUGGAAAUCACAAGCUCUCCCCAAGCAUUUCUUGCCCCUCCUCCACUUGAGAAAAUAAGAAUGCAUAUUACUAUUU